CACUAAGAGCCUGUUGGAAACUCGGUUUUGGUGGCCAGAGAUGGAAAGAGACGUCGACUGGUGGAGAAAGACUUGCCAUAGCUGCCAAGUCCGCCAGAAAACUCUCCUCCGCACUCCACCAACGCUGACUAUGACUCCAAGUGUAUUUCAGAAGAUACAUACAGACGUCAUGAUUAUGGGAACGCCUUCCAACGGAUACAGAUAUGUCGUCGCGGCAAGGGAUUCUUUGACCCGCUACGUGGAAGCGCGACCGCUACAGGCUGACAACGCCAAGGCAAUCGCGCGUUUCUU